AUGAAGGAUGACUAUGAGGAAAAUGUCAGCUUACUGUUCAAGUUGUACUGCCUCACAGUGAUGACCCUGGUUGCUGCCACAUACACAGUCGCACUGCGGUACACGAGGACAGUGGAGACAGAACUCUACUUUUCGACAACAGCUGUGUGCAUCACUGAAGUUAUCAAGUUGUUCUUGAGUGUGGGCAUCUUGGCUAAAGAAACUGGAAGUCUGGCAAGGUUAAUAACAUCUUUAAAAGAAAAUGUAUUUGGAAGUCCUACAGAAUUGCUAAAAUUAAGUGUUCCGUCUUUGGUAUAUGCCCUCCAAAACAAUAUGGCAUUUGUGGCUCUUAGCAACUUGGAUGCGGCAGUCUACCAGGUGACGUACCAGCUGAAGAUCCCUUGUACAGCUUUAUGUACAGUCCUAAUGCUAAACCGUACCCUUAGUAAGUUGCAGUGGUUCUCUGUCUUCAUGCUGUGUGGUGGUGUUACCCUUGUCCAAUGGAAGCCUGCUCAGGCUACAAAAGUACAGGUGGAGCAGAAUCCAUGGCUAGGGUUUGGAGCGAUUGCUGUUGCUGUACUGUGUUCAGGAUUUGCAGGAGUUUAUUUUGAGAAGGUCUUAAAGAGUUCAGAUACUUCUUUGUGGGUGAGGAAUAUUCAGAUGUACUUAUCUGGGAUUGCAGUGACUUUAUUUGGUGUGUACAUGUCAGACGGAGCCCAAGUUCUUGAGAAAGGGUUUUUCUAUGGCUAUACAUACUACGUCUGGUUUGUCAUCUUUCUCGCCAGUGUAGGUGGCCUCUACACCUCGGUCGUUGUUAAGUACACAGAUAACAUUAUGAAAGGCUUCUCUGCAGCGGCAGCCAUUGUUCUUUCUACUGUGGCAUCAGUCAUCCUCUUUGGCCUCCAGAUAACUGUUACCUUCUCCCUGGGUGCUCUCCUGGUGUGUAUUUCUAUUUACCUCUAUGGAUUACCUCGACAAGACACCACAAAAAUCCAGCCAUCAGAGACUAAGAACUCAAAAGAGAGACUUGCUACUGUGUGAUGUUGUCCAUAAAAAAUGGACAGACAAGAAGAAAAUUGGACUUUAAAAGAACCUACAUUUUUUAAAAAUUAGCCUUAAGCUAGUCAUGAAAUGGUUUAAAUGGGAUAGACUAAAAGCAGAAGUUAUUUCUGUUUUACAUGUGAAGUUUCCAGUAGCUGAUGCUGAGGCUACAUUACGGCCGCGGAGCUGGAUGGGCAUUUUAUUGAAGGCGUUCUUCAUUCACAUCGGACAACGAAGAGUCCCAAUUACAAGGAGAAUAGAAUGAAGGAACUGAACACUCACUUGUAUAUAAUGUACAUAAUGGGGAGAAAGCGGUUCUUUGUGUAUUUGAUAAACUGUCUUGCCCUUUGAGGGUAGAAAUGCUCAAAGACUUCAUGAAAAUCUAUUAAAAAGAGCAAUUACUGCCAGCAUUUUCUCUUAAAA